GUGGAGGGAGGGGGCAAGAUGGCGGCGCCCGUCCUGCUGCGAGUGUCGGUGCCGCGCUGGGAGCGGGUGGCCCGCUCGGCGGUGUGCGCGGCCGGCAUCCUGCUCUCGCUCUACGCCUGGCACCUGGAGCGCGAAAAGGGCCGCGACGCCCGCUACCAGGCGCUGUGCGACCUCGGCGAGCGCGUCCGCUGCUCCGCCGCCAUCGCCUCCAGAUGGGGUCGAGGAUUUGGUCUGUUGGGUUCCAUCUUUGGAAAGGACAGUGCAAUAAAUCAGCCAAACAGUGUCUAUGGACUUUUAUUUUAUAUACUACAGUUGUUACUUGGUAUGACAGCAAGUGCAGUAGCAGCUCUAAUCCUCAUGACAUCCUCCAUAGUGUCUGUAGUAGGGUCUUUAUACUUGGCAUACAUUCUGUACUUCGUGCUGAAGGAAUUUUGCAUUGUCUGCGUCAUCACAUAUUUGCUGAACUUCAUUCUCUUUAUCAUCAACUACAAACGACUAGUUUACUUGAAUGAGGCCUGGAAACGGCAGCUCCAACCUAAACAGGAAUAACACUUGUUUGAACUUUUGACUGACAGUCUGAAGACCUGACUUCCAUUAAGUUUAUUUUGCAGUAAUUUUUUUAUUCAUAUCAGACACUUCCCCCUCCCCACCACAGAAUCAUAACUGAGUUUUUUAAUUACUGUAAAUUGGAAGGGGCCCUAGAUAAUUUCUGUGCUAAUCUUCAAUUUAAAGAUGGUUGCAAAACAUGAAAGCUCAAAUACAAUCAAAGACAAGCUUUAACUUUACUUUGAGGAAGUUUCUUAGCCACAAAAUGUAGAUUUUCCACCCCCUCCACUUGUAAAGUGGGUUACACUUGGUAGAAGACUAUCCUUUGUGUAUAAAUUCAGUUUCAGAUAUAACAAGAUGUGAUCAUGACACUUAAAUAUUCUAGAAUAGAGGUACUGUAUUUAAUGUUGCCAUGUUUACAGUAUGUGCAUUAUUACAUUUUUAGCUGAUGGACUUGACACACACAUUUGACUAGAACAAUUGUACUGUAAAUAAAACUAGAAAUAUUGGAACCAUCCCUGCAGAACUGUCAUUGUACAGUCAGGUUUGUUAGCAUAGCAACUUGGAGAAUAUUCAACCUUAUAGUUGAUUGGAAUAAUGGAAGGAUUAAGCCAAUGUAGAAAACAUCUUACGAGAAAUGCUAGUAGUAGUGAGUGCAGCAACAGAAGUGGACGUUCAGUUUUCUGUUCCCUUUUUUGGUCCCCAUUAACGAAAAUGGAGUUGUGAUGGCUAUUAUGCGUGCUCUGUAAUAACCUGCCGUUGGAUAUUAAUGCAAGGGGGUGGGAGGGGUGAGAUGCUGAAAUUGGAGGGAACUCUUAAAAUGGUUGAAUUUUUAUUCUGAUCUGCAUUUUAGUUCUGAACAGGUGUUAAAGCCAAACAGUGUUACCAAUAUUCAUCUGGCAUUAUGCUGAGAGCUGCAUAAUGAAAUUGCAAUUUGUAGUGGACUCGUGACCUACUGGAUUAGCCAGGUAGUACACUGAACAAGCAGACACUUGGGUGAUCUUGUCCAGGAUCUUUGGUCGGUGCUAUAUUUAGAAAUGAACUUUAGGACUGACACGUAUUGCCCUUCUAAGGGGCCUUAUCUGUAAAGCGGGGUAAGUAGGUAAAUGUGCUCUUGAGAAUGAAAUGGCUCUUUCAUUGCUCUUUCAAAAACGAAACAAAACACACACAUUUUAAUUUUUUAAACUGCAAAUCUAAACCGACGCAAACAAUCUCAAAAGAUGUUUCUACACUUGCUGUCCUAGAAUGGAAUGAUAAAAGUGCCUUCUGUCUUAAAAUAUUAAACCAAAUAGUUUGUGUGUUAAACUUGGCAGGCAGAAGUGUCCUUGCUUUUUAAAAAAAGAAAAAAAGAAAAAAAAGAACUAAAACCUCCCACAAACCUUAUGGUACGCGAAAGAAUAUUUAGCGGUCUAUUUUAGCCCUUAGACUGAGAAGUGGUAGCAAUAUUAUUGGUUCCUGUUCACUUAAGUUGAUGUGUUACAAUGUUGGGGGAAGUAAUCUGAUUUUUUUUUUAAACUGCAAAUUAAGUUAAAAAUGCUGAAAUUUCUAACUUUAUCUCCAAGACCUGGAGAUUGGGGUUCUAGUAAAAUUAAUGUUGUGCUUUUGCUGCCCUCAUGUCAAACAGCUUCUAUAUCUGAACAAUUUAAACGCCCGAUUCCUUCUUUAAGAGAUUUGGGUCAAUCCAAGUUUACUUUACGGGACACUUUUGUAUGUAGAACUGCAAACGUGGAUUAUAAACACUAAGAAGCUGGAAAAGGCGAUAAAUGUGGCGUGAAACUUACGGUUUUAAUAGCGACAGUAGAAAUCUGGGAUAAAUUCACGCAGAACUUAAAACUACUACUGAGUUAACUUUCUAUGCAGGAUGUAGGUGGAAAUUCCUUGUGUACAGAGCUCUGUGGUAUGAGUAACGUCUCUUGCUGAUAACACUAAAAAGCAAAAACCUUGUCCCUCUUGUCUAACAAUUCUGAGUGACUGUUUAUUAAAUGUGUUUAGUAUUGACCAGAGUACAGUUAAAGCUUGUCUUGAUGUUAAGUUCUCUCUCAAAUGCCUUGAACUUUGAUGUGAGGGGAUGUGAACAAUGUUAAAUUGGGUCCCUUGAGGCUUUACCCUCUCUGUGCUUGAGCCUGGGGGUAGGACCACUGUCUAAUGUAUUGUACAGAUUUAUUUUGAUACAUUCCUAUGAUCUACUAUAGUAAGGCAUCUUUUCAUCCAGGGAAGAGGUGAACAUGUGCUGCCUGAAAUGGUUAGUCACAGUGCUAAUAUCUCAGAAAAAGCAGCAGUGGAGACAAGUAUAAUCAAUGAUUAUUUGGUCUGAUUCCAGGCUUAAUUAAAAAAAAAAAAAAUGACUGAAAGUAUAGGUGUUGACUAACUUCACUGUGUCUUUGUGCUUGUCUGUGUGGGCAUAGCCUGUUACUUCGAAGUUUGUUUAGCAAAAUAGUCUAGGGCCAGAUUUUCGAAAGUCGCACCUGUAGCUUACGUGCGCACGUGUAGGGAACCAAAUGCAAAUUGGGUUUGGUCUCCGGAAACUUGCAGCUAGAAAUCUCGUGCCUGCUUUUGCAAAUCUGACCCUAAAUUGUAAACCCUCUCUUUUGUCUUGUGCGUCUCUCUGUGUUACUUUAUAUUUCAGACCAGAAUGGGAGCGACUUUUGCAAGAAAUGACCCCUCUUCUUGUUUCCCUUUUGUGCUAGAGAAUAUGCAUUUUGUGUGAACAAAGGGCAAAGUAAUUAGGUUAGUGGUAGAAAUUUGGACCCUUUUGCUUCCAGUACUUGACCUCUCUCCUCACUGCUGUCAGUGUAGAAAUGGCAGUUUUCUACCGGUAAAACAGCUCAGGUUAAUUAGCAAUGUGCCAGAAAUCAUACUGCUUCAUGUAGGCCCACUCCAAGCAGAAGGAGCAUGUCAUGCCAAAUGUACUACGGGGUGCUAAUUUGACCUUUUGUGAAAACCUUGGGGUAUAAUAAAGGCUGAAUGCCAGUAAAGAGCAUCCUGUCCUGGGGGGAGUGGGAAGGGGCCUGGAUCUGAACUGUGGCUUCAGCACUUGUGAAGCUUUAAAUGAAAAGCUUUGUUUCCAAAGCACGCAGAAAAAGGUCCAAAAUUUGGACUCCUGCCACUUCAAGUUUUGAGGUGAGGAGUGGUUCUAAUAAGGGAGAGAGUCAAAUCCCAGACUUGUUUAGGAAAUGAAAAUUCCUACGAACUUCUUACUGUAAGAUAUUUGCUACUCUGAGGCCAGUGAAACAUUCCCCACCUUAGAUAUGGGAGGUGAGAAACUUCCAUGUGCUGUCGUACUCGUCUUCUGCUGUAGAGUCUCUGAUAAGGUCUUGAUUGGUCAAAAAAAAAGGCUGGUUAGGUGCUUCAGGCAGCACUUGUGGCUCUUAAUUUGUAUGGACUAAACAAGUACAAAUCUGAUAAAAACUUCAGUUCAGCCAAUGUUGUUUAAAUAUGACCUAGACAAAACUGGUCCAGAAAAGGUGAAGUAUUCUGUUACUGUAAACCUGUGUUAAGCAUGGCCUAAAUAUUAGGUGUUCGUUCUGUAUAGUAUGUUCCAUCAUAUUUAUUACUAGUGCUUUCAACUCCAGAGUAAACAUCCAUUUUAAAGUGGAGUCCUUGGGCAGAUGUUCCUUUUAUCCAUACAGGGUGAGAAUUCUACAUCCAAGGUUUAGGAAACAAUUUUGCUAACAGGUAAAGACCAAUGUAAAUAUGUAAGAAUGUUUAUUUGUUGCACAUAACUUUUUGGUAUAAAAAAAUAAAUGUAGAAAUUACCUGUGGACGUCUUGCUGCGAUCAUUCUUACGCUGCAGUAGUGCAGUUCAAAGAGCUUGAAUGAACCCAAUCAGAGGCCUUUUUGGACUCAGUCUGAGCCUUAGAAACUGUUUUUAAAACCUGUUCUGUAAUCUUGUUUCUAGAAAUGUACUAAGUUGCGAUAUAUAUUUUUUUUUUCUUUU